AUGUAUUACGCCGGACUGCAAGCAAAAAUAAAAGAAGCCAAUCCCUUAGCAAAAUUUGUACCAUGCUCUGCGCAUUCCCUUAACCUGGUUGGAACUAAUGCAGUUGAUUGUUGUACUCAAGCCGUUUUAUUCUUCAAUUUACUUCAAAAUGUUUACACGUUUUUCACAGCUUCUACUCACCGCUGGAAAGUUCUAAACGCUUCUGUUAAGGGACUUUCAGAAACAAGAUGGUCUGCUAGAGAUGACGCUUGCCAAUCUCUGAACAAAAACUGGUCUUUAAUUAUUAAUGCAUUAAAUUUAAUAAAUAAUGAUGAUACUGAGAAAACACUUACUCGAAAUGAAGCUAGUGGAAUUCUCAACAAGUUAAAUAAUUUAGAAACUGCAUUCCUAUCUAUAUUCUGGGGUCAAAUAUUACACCGAUUCAACUUAACGAGCAAGAAAUUACAAGCUGUCAAUAUCGAUUUGGGUGUAGUGUGUGAAUUGUAUAAAUCAUUAAUAACAUAUAUCAUUGAUUUACGCUCUGAUAAAAACUAUGAGUAUUUUAAACAAUGUGCAAUUGAAAAAAGUAAAAUUAAGCAGUUUCAAUCCUGUACCAAACGAUUAAAAAUAAGAAAACAAUUUUUUGAUGAAGGGCCAUCUAAAGAAACAACAGUUGAAUACUCUGAUUUUAAAGUGAAAACUUAUUUUGUUAUACUGGAUCAACUGCGGUCACAACUAGAAAAAAGAAAUGAAAAAUAUGAAAAUCUACUUAAAAAUUACAACUUCUUUUUCAAAUUAACAGAGAUGACAUCAAUUAAAGUCCGGAAGAAUGCUGAAAUACUACAAAAUGAAUAUAAAGAUGAUCUCAGUACUUUAUUUGCUAAUGAAUGUGUUCAUUUUAGGAGCCACUUAUUAAGUAUCGGUGACGAGGCUCCUAAGACUAUCCAGGAUAUGUGUGGUGUUUUGAGAAAAAAUGAUUUAAUAGGAAUGUACCCUUAUAUAGAUGUAUCUCUCAGAAUGCUAUUAUGUACUCCUGCAAGUAAUUGCUCGACCAAACGGUCAUUCUCAUGUUUAAAACGUGUCAAAACAUAUCUGAGGUCUUGUAUCUCAGCAGAGAGACUCAGUGAUUUAGCUAUUAUGAAUAUAGUAUUUGAUGUAACAGCUAAAAUUGAAUUUGAUGAUAUUAUCAAUGAAUUUGCUACACUACAAAGUAGAAGAAAAAUUUAG